CUCCCCGUGCAGAGGCGGUGCCUGAGGGAGCGGGGCGGGUGGUUGGCCCCGCCCCCCGGCACGCGGCGACCGUUGGCACCUCCCAACUGUGGGGGGCGGGGCUGGGUGGUCCCCGCCCGCGGAAGAUGCAGAGGCGGCUGGAGCUGGAGCUGGAGCUGCUGCUGUCGAGUGCGGAGAGUCGGGACCAGAGACUCCCGCCGGCGCCCGCGGGUGGGAUGCGGAGCCGGCCGCAGCAGGAGCCUCUGAGGAGCGGGAGUCGCAGCCCGCGGCGCUGAGGUGGAGGCGGCGAUGCGGGAGGAGGUGGUGGCGGGGCCGCCCCGCUGCUGCUGCUGCUGCGGCUGCCCGGGUCGGCGCGCGGCCCCCGCCGCCUAGAGGCCGCCGCCCCCCGCGGGGCGCAACUUGGGAGGCGAAAGGCGGCGACAGCCCACGAUGACAGCCGGGGCUGGGCGGCCGUGAAGGGCGGCUCGGGCGGGGGCCGCUCCGUAUUUGUCCCCCAGCUCUGCCCCGGGGGCCCGGCCCCCCGCGCCCGCAGCCCCCUUGAUGAGUCCGGGCGGCGGCGGCGGGCCCAUGAAAGACUGCGAGUACAGCCAGAUCAGCACGCACAGCUCCUCCUCGCCCAUGGAGUCGCCCCACAAGAAGAAGCAGGCGGGUCCCCAGAGGAAAUGGGAGGUGUUCCCCGGCAGGAACAAAUUCUUCUGCAACGGGCGUAUCAUGAUGGCCCGGCAGACCGGUGUUUUCUACCUGACUCUGGUCCUCAUCUUGGUCACCAGCGGACUCUUUUUUGCCUUUGAUUGUCCAUACUUGUCGGAGAAGAUUACACCUGCUAUUCCUGCAAUAGGUGGAAUUCUUUUCUUUUUCGUGAUGGGCACCCUGCUGCGUACUAGUUUCAGUGAUCCAGGCGUCCUCCCACGGGCAACACCAGAUGAAGCAGCAGACCUGGAAAGGCAAAUAGGUAACACAGAAGAUAUUGCAAAUGGUUCCAGUUCAGGAGGAUACCGUCCACCUCCCAGAACAAAAGAAGUAAUCAUCAAUGGACAGACAGUGAAACUAAAAUACUGUUUCACUUGCAAGAUUUUCCGCCCACCUCGUGCCUCACAUUGCAGCCUUUGUGAUAACUGCGUAGAACGGUUUGAUCACCACUGUCCCUGGGUAGGCAACUGUGUGGGGAAAAGAAACUACAGAUUUUUUUAUAUGUUUAUUUUAUCUCUGUCCUUUCUGACAGUCUUUAUAUUUGCAUUCGUUAUCACCCACGUCAUCCUUCGAUCACAACAAACAGGGUUCUUAAAUGCCCUCAAGGACAGUCCUGCAAGUGUGCUGGAAGCUGUGGUAUGCUUUUUCUCUGUUUGGUCCAUUGUUGGUCUCUCAGGUUUUCACACAUAUUUGAUCAGCUCCAAUCAAACAACAAAUGAAGAUAUUAAAGGAUCUUGGUCAAAUAAAAGAGGUAAAGAGAACUACAACCCAUACAGUUAUGGUAACAUCUUUACUAACUGUUGUGCUGCACUAUGUGGGCCCCUCUCACCAAGCUUAAUUGACAGAAGAGGAUUUUUACAGCCAGAUACACCACAGUUAGCAGCACCAUCAAAUGGCAUUACAAUGUAUGGGGCAACACAGUCUCAAAGCAACAUGUGUGACCAAGAUCAGUGCAUUCAGAGCACUAAAUUCGUUUUGCAGGCUGCUGCCACACCAUUACUACAGAGUGAGCCCAGCAUAACUAGCGAAGAACUACCUUUACCAGGGAAGACCACUAUCAGUGCUCCUUGUGCCACGCUGACCCUAGGGCAGCCGACACCACCAUCCUCCAUGCCAAAUCUCACCUCAGAAACAGGUUUGACAGACAUGCUACCAUUAAAGGAGGAGCACGAAGGUCAUCAGUUCCUUACUCCUGAGGAAGCACCAUCACCUCCUGGUAUGUUGCCAACAGGAAGCCCUAUUACACACAGCCAUACCAUGCAUGUCCUGAGCCUAGCCAGCCAAGACUCAUUGCAUGAAGACUCAGUACGUGGUCUUGUGAAGCUUAGUUCAGUUUGACCCACUUUUACUGACUACAGACACCACAAAAUGGUGCAAUGUUCAAAUGUUUACUCGAGAUGAAAGACUUUACUACCACUGUAAGACUUUUUAACAUGCCUAUAAUAAUGCAAACUUUCCCAUGUAAUGGAGUCUACUAGAUGGACAAGUUAUUUUUUCAAUGGAGCUAUGGUUUUUGAGUUUUAUUUUGACCAGGGUGUUAAUGAGUAUGUUUUGAUGGCAACUGCUUUUAUUUUUAAAUAAAAAACAGAAAUGGUCAGUAAUCCUACUUACUGGAAAUUGGGGUCCUGCAACUUGGAAUUCUGCCUGUAUGACAGUCUUUGUUACAGUAUAAACGAGAAAGAUUGGAUGUAAGUAUCAUGCUCUGUGUUUUAUGCUCUUGUAAUACACACUUGUUAAGGCUUACCACUCCUGUGGCCAGAAUGAUCUGCACUUACAUGUUAUGCUAUUAAUAUUUGAAAUAGAAAAUUACCAUUCCAUUUGUUAAUACAAAAAAAGACUGCAGAUGUGGAUUUGCAUGCCACGCUACAGUAUGUGUUACAGUGGUGUUGGUAUUAAAAGAAAGUGCUGCUUUUUUAUUUGUGAGGUUCGAGUGCUGUUUCAUUUAAAGACAGUGCAACGAACAAAACUAACGGACAAUAUUAUUUUUUCAGUUUAUUAAACUUUAUUAUAAAUUAAUCAGUGGUGCCUGGAAUAUGGAGGGCUACUGAUUUUAACAUGUUACAUAUCAUUUAACCUUCUGUUUUAAGUGUUUAGAAUAAGGUAUUGUGUUGUGCCAUACCACGGAUUUUUCCAUUCCCUAAUGUGAUAAGAUUACCUGUGGACAUCCAAUAAAAGGACAACUCUAUUUCUUUG